AUGAUAGUCGGCUCGCAGCACUUUGUGACAUUCGACCAGAGACAUUACGACUUUAAGGGCCAAUGUUCGUAUCUGCUGGCCAAUGAUUUUGUCGGUAAUGAGUUUUCCCUGGUGCUCAACUACGAAUCUGAAAUCAAAGGCCACUACACGUUGUUGCUGAUACUUGGGUCCGAGACGAUUUCGAUAGAUCUCCUUCGCAAGGACGUGAGAGUUUUUCCUGACAGUAUUAAACAAAUGCCGUUGCAACUGAACGAUACGGUUAUCUACUACGAAAACGAAUUGCUCAUUGUAGAGAGCGAGAGGGGCUUAUCUCUAAUAUGCAACAUGAAUUUCCAAUAUUGCACGUUCCAUGUAUCAGGUUGGUAUUUCGGGAAGACUGCGGGAUUGCUUGGAACACUGGACAACGAGCCCAUCAAUGACAUGCUGUCGUCCAAUGGCUACUUGGAACCGGACUUGUACAAGUUCACAGAGAGCUGGUCGCUGAACGAGAACAGUUGCAGCGCAUACCCGUCCUACCAGAGGAAAUCGUCGCCCAGCGCUCAAAUCGUAGAGAUCUGCGACAGUUAUUUCAAACACAAGACCUCGUCACUAUUCACCUGCUUCUCCGUGAUAAACCCCAGUCCCUAUUACGACCUGUGUCUGAAACAAUCCAACAAAAACGAGACGUGCACAUCGGCGACCGCCUACACCGAAAUGUGCUCCAUAGAAAAUCUGCCAGUCCGCACACCGACAAACUGUGUCAGGUGUCACGCUGUAAACAACACGGAAAUCACCGAGGGCGAUUUCUUGAAUAUCAACAGUAGCCACGUACCGUCGUCGGCCGACAUCGUGUUCAUCGUCGAGGCCAAGCGGUGCAACGAAAACUUUGCGGAGAAAAAGAACGUGCACACCCUGCUCACGAUGAUGGUCAAAGAGUUGCACGACGUUGGGAUGACGAACAACAAAUUUUCAGCCGUUUUCUUUGGUGGCAGCGGUUUAUUCGACGAGCCUCACAGCGUUGUUAUAAACGGUCAAGUGUUCGCAAGCCCAACCCUAUUCUUACAAUUUUUGAGCAACAUACAAAUCGGUGACGGAAAUUCAGACGUAUUCAACGCUAUUCGGUUCGCGUCAAAGUUACGUUUCAGGACGGCACAUUCGAUAAUAUUUAUACUGUUUCCGUGCUCCGACUGCGAUCCGUCCAACAUGAUGUUGGACUAUUCCGUUAUCAACCACAUAAUUACGGAGAAAAGUAUAAAGUUACACGUUUUAAUGGACAAGCCAUUCAUUCUUGAUAAGUCACGAGCAGGGAGCUCGUUAUUCGGUUAG